AGGGAAUCUGGCAUUGUCACCCCGCUAACGGGUUAGCACGCGGCAACAGCUCUUCGUGUGACGAUAAACUAAACUCAAACGCUUCCGUUUCCAUUCUGUGCGGUUCCCUGACUUCCUGAAGGGCUGGAUAUCUGAUCUCUCCUGCAACUCCUCCUUGUGCAGGUGAACAGGGAAGGCAUAAUGGCGAAAUGGUUCCUGCUGCUGCUUGUGGCCAUCUUGGAGACCUCUGCCCAGAUCUCCACUUCGAAGGCCUUCAAUGGGACAGUUAACAGUGACCUAGUGUGUGUGUGCUCAGUGACACUGCCCGACACUACGUUCCCAGCGGAUAAAAUGGAAUAUCUGAUAGAAACCACAUCGGAACUCAAUAUCAGCGUCCAGGCAGAGUACACCAAGGUGAAGGAAUAUGGACAGACUCUGUCGGUGUAUGCGUCCAGGCUGGUGAACCUGACCCAGCGUGUGGAGAACAUCGAAACCGGGGGCUCCUACACCCAGCUCGACUUUGAGCUGCUCAAGCUGGAGAUACGAGAGCUGGUGGCCCUCACCUCCCAGCUGAAGGACUUGCUCAACGGGAGCAACACCAUCAUCGACCAGCUCUACGAAGAGAUCGAGAAUAUGUCCCUCAUCGUCCACCAGCUGGAAUCGUACGACAGGAACAACGUGCUGCAAAUCCGCAAGGACAUGGCAGCCCUGCGGGAACGGCUGGAGGAGUGUGAGCGUGACCAGGCCGUGACCCCUCCGCCCAUCGACUACGGGAGCUGCAAACAUGGCGGCCUCCUCACAGUCACCGAACCUUUCAUUGUGCAACAGAACUGGAUGGGGUCGAGUUACCCAUAUGGAGCUUGGGGGAAAGACCCCGUACAAGAGCAAUAUUUUGUGGUGGCCUCCACUGUGGAAUCUUCAUUUCAAACCUUCCGCUUCUACCCCUCUUAUGACGAUUUACUGCUCUACCAAAAUUGGACUGAAAGAAACCUUGGGUAUUCUAGCUAUUACAACAGAGCACAGGGGGCUGGGAUGGUCUUGUACAAUAACUCUGUGUACUACAACUGUUACAAUGGCAGGAAUAUCUGCAGGUAUAACAUAGACACAGGGGCCAUAGAUAAACGGAUCCUGGCUAAUGCGGCCUACAAUAACAGGUUCUCCUACUACAACGUUAAGUACCAGGACAUGGACUUUGCUGUCGAUGAAACAGGCCUUUGGGUCAUUUACUCCACCGAGCAGCAUGCCGGGCGUAUCCUUCUUAGCAAAAUCAACACGGAGGACUUCACUGUUGGGAGGACCUGGGUCACCGAACAGUUCAAGCCCAGCGUCACCAACGCCUUCAUGAUCUGUGGGGUACUGUACGCCCUCAGGCCUGUGGGCACACAGACGGAGGAGAUCUUCUACACGUUCGACACCAGGACCGGUGAGGAAGGUGAGGCCACUGUAAGGAUGGAGAAGGUGAUGGAGACACUGCGCAGUGUCAGCUACAACCCGUCCGACCACAAGCUGUACGUGUACAAUGACGGCUAUCUGGUGUCCUAUGACGUGACCUUUAAACCGGAUCAAUAAUCGGCCGUCAGUCGAAGUGUAAUACCUAUAGACUCCGACUUUUUCUGAUCGAUUCUGAUUGACUUUUUCACGCUAAGGGUGGCGGGUGAAUGGAACAAGCUGCCAGAGGAGGCAGUUGAGGCAGGGACUAUCCCAACCUUUAAGAAGCAGUUAGGCAGACACAUGGAAAGGCCAGGUUUGUCCUCUCCACAUCCACUCUAUCCAGGCCUUUCACUAUUCUAUUAUAGUGUCGAUAGGGCAGGUUUGGAGGGAUAUGGACCAAACGCUGACAGGUGGGACUAGUAUAGCUGGGACAUGUAGGCACCAAGUUGGGCCGAAGGGCCAGUUUCCAUGCUGUAUCACUCUAUGACGAUGAACCUGGGUAGAACAUCAGAGACUUAAAGCUGAAUUUCUGCAGCUGAAUUUAUUUGGGAUAUAUUUAAAUUCCAAUUUAACAUCAAAGUUGAAGUGGCCAAACCAAUGAUCUUGACAUCUAGAAUCGGCCUGCUUCAUCCAAGGUCCAAUUAAUACUGCUUUAAAAUGUCCUGGUCACAUCAUAUUAGAGAUGUUUAGUUCAACCUAACUCGUGCUGUGACUGUCUCACUGUUGGGGUCAGCAUGGAAACAGGCCCUUUGGCCCAACUUGCCCACACCGACCCAACAUGUCCCAUCUACACUAGUUCCACCUGCCCAUGCCUGGCCCAUAUCCCUCUAAACCUGUCCUAUCUAUGUACCUGAACAAAAUGCCCCUUAAACUCUAUUAUAGUAUCUGCCUCAACACCUCGUUCCAUAUACACACCACCCUUUGUGUAAAAAAGUUACCCCUGGAGUUCGUAUUAAAUCAUUCCCCCUUCAACUUAAACCCAUAUCUGCUUAUUCUCGAUUCCCCUACUCUGGGUAAAAGACUAUCACAAUCACAAUGUUUAUGAAGGAACUACAGAUGCUGGAAAAAUCUAAAAUAGGCCAAAAUGCUGGAGAAACUCAGUGGGUGAGGCAGCAUCUAUGGUCGAGACCCGAAACGUCACCUAUUCCUUUGCUUCCUCACCUGCUGAGUUUCUCCAGCAUUUUUGUCCACCACAGUCACAUUCAUACUUUAUUAGCCAAGUAUGUUUUUGCAACUUACGAGGAAUUUAAUUUGCCAAGUCAGUCAUCCAAAUAAAAAGCAACAAAAGACACAAAACACAUUUUAACACAAACAUCCACCACAGUGACUCCUCCACAUUCCUCACUGUGAUGGAAGGCAGAAAAAAAAGUUCAAAUCGCUUCCCUUCUUUGCUCUGUGCAUUUACCCGAUCCUUUCCUCUCCUCUCGUGAUCUUGUACACCUCUACAAGAUCACCCCUCAUCCUCCUGCGCUCCAAGGAAUAAAGUCCCAGCCCGCUCAACCUUCCCUUACAGCUCAGUCCCUCAGCAUCCUCGUGAGUCUUCUUCUCACCUUUUCCAGUUUGACAACAUCUUAUAGAGGUAUAAGAUGUCUACCUUAUAGAGGUACCAAGGUCUAAGCGGAAGCUCAGAGGGGAUAGAGCCUUUUCUGUUGCUGCUCCGGCACUCUGGAACACCUUGCCGUUGCACAUCACACUGUCCAUCUUCAAAUCCACCCUAAAAACUAAUUUUUAUUCUCUGGCUUUCGACACUGGCUGAGACAUUGCUCCUGUUUUUAGUGCUUUUAAUGUCUUUUAAUUUUUACUGUUUUAUAGUCCUUUGUUUUAC